CAUCAUUGAAAGUGCUGGUGACAGUGCGCUGGGCUGUCAGUGUGCUGGUCUGUUGCCUGGGGAAAGCUGCCCAAGAAUAACAAUUAAGUAAACGUUAAUUAGUCAGCAGCUCUAGUUCAUUUGCUUUUAUCAACAAGCUAGGCUUAUAACUAUAGACACUAUUGAUCAGGGCAGCUAUGGACACUUACUUCCAUCUCCCUCUGCCCAUGUGUCAUGUCUUGAGUCUGACUGAGGAGGGAGAGGCUGGCUUGUACUGUGCCCCAUACAAAAGGUCACAGCAGGAGCUCUGGGUGGUGCUCAGAUGUCCAUAAGAAAUCACGAGGAUGAAUGCAUUUCUUUGGUGUUAUUUUACUGGGAUGCUUUAACCACUUCUCUUUAUAUCCACCUUCCACAUGGGAUUUUGUUGGUGGGUCACAUGGAGCUCAGAAGUUAAAGGGCAGCUGAUUUCUCCAGGGCUGGGAUCAACCAGCUACAUUGUGCUGGUCUCAGCAGAGGGGGAAUAGAGGAUUGUCAGAGCCACAGGAAGGCAAUCCUUGCCCUUUAGUGCUCAAAGCUGCUUGGACAAGUCCCAAGCACUGGCUGUUUCCAGCUGCACGUGAUAAUAGAUUGUCAAUGGGAAUCUGUUUUCGAGUUCUCUGGCCAUCGGUAGUAAACAGUGGAAGAACAGUGGCUGCAGGGACCUCCUGUCUGAUGGCACAAGGGGAACUGGUAGGGAUAGCAGAACAUGUUUCCCGAGUGGUUCAGAUCUUCCUGUUGAUCUUGCCUUUCUGGAAAGAUUCUCUGAAGCAAGCUCCAGGCAAAAUCUGCAAGGGACUCGUUCUGGAGGUGAAGCAGAUUCAUCUCCAACACAGACACAGCACAGAACACAGGACAAGUUCCUCCCACCUGCAUUCCCAUAGCCAGGACCUCACAGCCCAUGAGACAAUGCUCUGCACACAGUGGCCCAUUUCAUCCUUGACUUCUCCCUGAAUUAACUACAAAGGAGAGGGUGCUGGAUUAGGGAUUUCCUUCUUUUUCAAAGGUGAAGACGAAAGGCUUUACUCAUUUGUUUUGUUCCAAAUGCAUCUCAAAAGGUCUCCAAGCUAUUAAGGCACCCUCAAGAAGUCACAGUUUUACAUUAUGGUGACCCCAGCUCAGGACUCUGACCCAGCAGAGCAGGAUACACCCUUCAAACUGUCUAUAAUCAGGAUGUUAAGUACAGGUUUUGUGGUUGCUGGUUUCAGGGUUUUUUGCCCAGCAUCUGCUUUUGCUUUUCCCUCUUAAGUCAAAACAAGAAGAGAACCUAAGAUCCACACUGGAAAGGCUGUUGUAAGCUCUAGGUCAGAACAAGUGGUUCAGAAGUAGUUUGGGAUUGGAACAUGAACCUGCCAGUUGCAGCAAAUAGACUUCCCAAAAAUGCUUACAGGAAAGAGAAACUAUAGAUCAAAUUCAGGUAAAGCCAAAAGGUAAUUCAAGUUCAGCACCAGGCUUCUCUCUGUGCUGGGUUAAUUCCUUGGCCAGAUCUUUGUCCCUGACAUUGAAGCACGCCCUCAGAAAAAGAAUGAAUGAAACUGAGUAGGAAGAAAGAAAAGAGCUUUGAUUUCUAACUUGUGCUGCCUCCAUGUUUGCAUGGAAAUCCAUUCUGCAGGGAGGGAUCAGAAGGCUGGGAGCCCGGGCUGCCAGGCAGGCUCAGUCACAGCUGUGUUCUUAUCACCCAGAGAGACCAUUUGGUGCCUGAAUUCCAAAGAUUACCUCAUCCACAGGCUUGACUGAUCCUUUUUUCAGGUGUCAUCGCCAGGCAGAGCUGAACAGAGCAUCUGAAAGUGAGGAGGGAAGGUGCCUGAUCCACCCCGGGUGCCUCUGGGGAUAUGGACUAAGUUGUCCUGAUGUCCCUGUAAAUUCAUCCUGGAGCUUCAUUUGAGGAAAGGAUUUCCUGACUCAAAAGCUUCCUUCCGCUCUUCCCCUUCCCAUAACUUCCCUCAAGAUGGCAUCCGAUAGCCCUGAGUCACUGAUGGCCCUGUGCACUGAUUACUGCCUUCGCAACUUGGAGGGGACUCUCUGCUACCUGCUGGACAACGAAACUCUCCGGCUCCAUCCUGACAUUUUCUUGCCAAGCGAGAUUUGUGACAAGCUUGUCAAUGAGUACGUGGAGCUCGUGAAGACAGACAGCAUCUUUGAACCCCAUGAGAGCUUCUUCACCCUGUUCUCAGAUCCCCGGAGCACCAGGCUAGCUCGGAUCCACUUGCGGGAACAGAUUGUGCAGGACCAGGACCUGGAGGCCAUCAGGAAGCAGGAUCUUGUUGAGCUUUACCUGACUAACUGUGAGAAGCUGACAGCCAAGAGCCUACAAACCUUGGUGAGCUUCAGCCACACACUUAUCUCCCUUAGCCUCUUUGGCUGCUGUAAUAUCUUCUAUGAGGAGGAGAACCCUGGAGGCUGUGAAGAUGACUGUUUGGUGAACCCAACUCGCCAGGUCUUGGUGAAGGACUUUACUUUUGAAGGCUUCAGCCGCUUGCGCUUCCUGAACCUGGGCCGCUUGAUCGAGGGGGUAAAUGUGGAGACGUUGCUUCGGCCUUUGGCCUCCCUUGCAGCUCUUGAUCUCUCUGGGAUCCAGCUGAACGAUGUGGGAUUUCUGACCCAAUGGAAGGACAGUCUGGUUUCCUUAGUGCUUUACAACAUGGACCUUUCAGAGGAGCACAUCCAAGUGAUCGCACAGCUUCGCAAGCUCAGGCACUUGGAUAUCUCCCGAGACCAUCUGUCCAGUUACUACAAAUUCAAGCUGACCCGGCGGGUUCUAAACCUGUUUGUGGAAAACUUGGUAAACCUCACAUCGCUCGAUAUCUCAGGGCACACCAUGCUGGAGAACUGCACUAUCCCAAGCAUGGAGGAGAAGAUGGGCCAGACAAGUAUUGAGCCAGCAAAGAGCAGCAUCGCUCCCUUCCGGGGUCUGAAACGACCGCUCCAGUUCUUGGGCCUUUUUGAAACAUCUCUCUGUCGCCUGACGCAUAUUCCAGCCUACAAGGUGAGUGGAGACAAGAACGAAGAGCAAGUCCUGAAUGCAAUUGAGGCUUACACUGAACACCGGCCAGAAAUCACAUCCCGGGCCAUCAACCUCCUUUUUGACAUAGCACGUAUUGAACGCUGCAGCCAACUGCUGCGAGCCCUUCAGCUGGUGAUCACAGCCCUCAAGUGCCACAAGGAUGACAAGAACAUCCAGGUGACAGGCAGCGCAGCACUGUUCUACUUGACCAACUCAGAGUAUCGCAUGGAGCAGAGUGUAAAGCUGCGGCGCCAGGUCAUCCAGGUGGUGCUGAAUGGCAUGGAGUCCUACCAGGAAGUCACAGUACAGCGGAACUGCUGCCUGACACUGUGCAACUUCAGCAUUCCCGAGGAACUGGAGUUCCAGUAUCGCCGGGUCAACGAGCUGCUGCUGAACAUCCUCAACCAGAGCCGGCAGGAUGAGUCCAUCCAGCGCAUCGCUGUGCACCUCUGUAAUGCUCUGGUCUGCCAGGUGGACAAUGAUCAUAAAGAAGCUGUGGGCAAGAUGGGGUUUGUCAUGACAAUGCUGAAGUUGAUUCAGAAGAAGUUGGCUGAUAAAACGUGUGAUCAGGUGAUGGAGUUCUCUUGGAGUGCCCUCUGGAACAUCACUGAUGAGACCCCUGAUAACUGCGAGAUGUUCCUUAACUACAGUGGCAUGAAACUGUUCUUAGAGUGCUUGAAAGAGUUCCCUGAGAAGCAGGAGCUGCAUCGCAACAUGUUGGGCCUCCUGGGCAAUGUAGCAGAGGUGAAGGAGCUCCGCCCACAGCUCAUGACCUCCCAGUUCAUCAGUGUGUUCAGUAACUUGCUGGAAAGCAAAGCAGAUGGGAUUGAGGUAUCCUAUAAUGCCUGUGGUGUGCUCUCCCAUAUCAUGUUUGAUGGUCCAGAGGCUUGGGGUAUAUGUGAGCCCCACCGAGAGGAAGUUGUAAAGAGGAUGUGGGCAGCAAUCCAAAGCUGGGAUAUCAACUCCAGGAGAAAUAUCAAUUACAGGUCUUUUGAACCAAUCCUUCGACUUCUUCCACAAGGGAUCUCCCCAGUCAGCCAGCACUGGGCUACCUGGGCACUGUAUAACCUGGUCUCUGUCUACCCUGACAAGUACUGCCCACUGCUGAUCAAAGAAGGUGGGAUCCCUCUUCUGAAGGACAUGAUUAAAAUGGCCUCAGCACGGCAAGAGACCAAGGAAAUGGCCCGGAAAGUUAUAGAGCACUGCAGUAACUUUAAGGAGGAGAACAUGGACACUUCCAGAUAGAGGCAGUCCUCUAACGCCUCAUGCCAGCACUGUAUCCAGCUUCUCUCUAAUUCACUGUAUAUAGGGAGGACUCUUUCUUACCAACACGCCUGUUGGAAGGAAACUUUAUGUGUGUGUGUGAGACCCUCAGUAGAUGAAGGUGAACAGGGGAGGCGGGGAGGGACUUUUUGCACAACAAAAUGCUUUCCUUAAAUUAGUGGACUUUUUUUGUUAUGAAGUUUCAGGUUGAAGUUCUGUGUGUAUGAUUUCUGUAUAAAAAGAAAAAAAAAAAAAAAGCAAAGACAACUACACUAUGUAUCUUUUAACCUUUUUAUUUUAGACCACACAGAGCCUCAAAUGACCAUGAGCUUGAAGACCUACUUGUGUGAUCACUAGUGUGACGUUUUUAUUUCCCACUUUUUAGAAAAUUCCCUUUUGCUGUAUUGCAUGAGGUCCUGUAAUGUCUGCAAGAACACCAGUCCCUAAUUGGCAUUGGCUGCUCAGUGGGGCUGCAGGCAGCAAUGAGUUACUUAUUUGGUUAGAGAUGUUGGGGGGGACAAUACCCGAGAAUUAUAGCAAAAGAACAGACCUUUUUAGUGUUAAUUGUAAAGGGAGGAAAUGAAGAAGAUCUUCCAAGUUAAUUCACUCCCUUAAGGGUUUUUAUAGAAGACUCACAUUAAUGGAAGCAUUGCUAACUGUAUGUGGGUCAUUUGGAAGUAAGACAUUCCCAUUAAAGUCAAGAGGCCUGGUUUGUCCCCUCUGGCAGUGCAGUGGGAUCUGCCAGCCCAGCUAGCCUCAAGACCAGGAAUGACCGGUAAAACCAUUUAGACAUUCUUGGCUACACAGAGCUUUUCUCUCUAAGGGAGCCUGUGCAACAAGGAACAAGAUUUGUUCACAAAGGGCUACACAUCUUCAUUCAGG